AUGUCGUCCAACGCGGGCCUGAAGUCGGUCAACCCGCUCAUCUCGAAUCAGUCUUCUGAACUCCAAGCGGUCCUGCACCCCCUCGUGCUACUCAGCAUCUCCGACUACAUCACCCGCCACACCUCCGAGAACAUGAGUGGCCCAUAG